ACUCAGAUAGCGACCUGUCCGAGCCCCAAAGCCUAGUCAUAUUGUCAUGCCCGCCAACAAGGACGACACCUUCAGCCUGUCUUUGGCACGGAAGACGAAUCCUCCUCCCACGGGAUCAUCCCGGUCGAAGAUCAAGCUCGAAACGAACGAAUCGUCCUCCACCAUUCCGAUUCUCCCAAAUUCGUUUGCCCCGUCCACGGAUGAGGCAUGUAAGGGAUUCCGAAAGGGAGAUUUCCGCAGCAUGCCCUUCCGGAACGUUCACGAGAAGCUCUUCAGGGACUUCUUCGAGCUGGUCUUGCAGCGAGCGGUGUUUCAGUCCACUUCUGGGGAAGAACGCGUGGUGGAGUGGGUUGAUCCCAAAGAUCUGCGAUCCGUGGUCAAUCUUUCGCUACCAACUGAGGGUGUUGAUCACAAGGAGCUGCUGACGUUAACGCGUGACAUCAUCAAGUACAGCGUGAAGACAGGUCAUCCACACUUCGUGAAUCAGCUGUUCUCCAGCCUGGACCCAUACGGAUUGUUGGGCCAAUGGCUCACCGAUGCGCUCAAUCCGUCCGUCUAUACUUACGAGGUGUCCCCCGUGUUUUCCCUGAUGGAAGAAGAUGUGUUGCGAGAGAUGCGUGCCAUUAUCGGCUGGCAAAGCGGCGAGGGACUCUUUUGUCCUGGAGGUUCAAUGGCGAAUGGAUAUGCCAUCAACCUGGCUCGUCACCAUAGAUAUCCGAAUCUGAAGCAAACCGGAUUAUCGCAGAUGCCGCGGCUGGUGGUGUUCACGUCGGAGGACGCGCACUAUUCCGUAAAGAAGCUCGCAGCCUUUUUGGGUAUCGGUUACGACAACGUUUACCAGGUCAAGGUCGAUUCGCGAGGCAAGAUGAUGGUCACUGAUCUGGAGAUUCAGAUCGCCCGAGCCGUCGAGGAGGGUGCCGUGCCCCUCAUGGUAUCCGCCACUGCGGGCACCACCGUGAUCGGCGCCUUCGAUCCUCUCAGGGAAAUCGCUGAGGUUUGCAGAAAGCGCGAAUUGUGGUUCCACGUGGAUGCCGCGUGGGGCGGUGGCGCCCUCGUUUCCAGGACGUACCGUCGUCUCCUGGACGGUGUCCACCUCGCCGACUCUGUCACCUGGAAUCCCCACAAACUGCUCGCCGCUCCACAGCAGUGCUCCACUUUGCUGCUCCGUCAUGAAGGUUUAUUACAAGCGGCGCAUGGUUGCGGCGCAAGCUACCUCUUUCAGAAUGACAAGUUCUACAACGCGGUAUUCGACGGCGGCGACCGGCACGUGCAGUGCGGACGCCGCGCCGAUGUUGUCAAAUUCUGGUACAUGUGGAAGGCGAAGGGCACGCGCGGUCUCGAGGCUCACGUCGAUCGCGUGUUCGCACUGUCACGUUACUUUACCGAUCUCAUCAGGACGCGCGAGGGUUGGCGCCUGCUCGCCGAGCCUGAGUGCACCAACGUCUGUUUCCGCUACAUUCCGCCGUCGAAGAGGCACUUGACCGGUCCAGAACUGGAUCAAACGCUGCAUAAGAUUGCAUCGAUGAUUAAGGAGCGUAUGGUGAGAGCGGGAACAAUGCUGAUAACAUAUCAGACGCUGCGAGACAUGCCGAACUUCUUCAGAUUGGUGCUGCAGAACUCGGGAUUGAUGGAGGCUGAUAUGAAGUUCUUCGUCGAGGAGAUAGAAAGGCUAGCUGUAGAUCUUUGAUAGAUUUAAAUUGCAUACUGUAAAUAGCGAUAAAUCGUGUACGUAUAUUUUAUGUUUUUUAUUAGUAUAAGAAAUAGAGUUGCAUUUAUGUAAAUCAUUUAUGUGAUACUUGAAAAAAAUUAUUGAGUGUAUAAAAAAAUGUUUUUCUUCCAUUCAUUCUUUAUAAAAGGAAAUCGUUAUCGUUAAACAUUAUUUAAAAAAAAGUAACAAGUCCAUAAAAUUGUCUUUACCUUUUUUUGUAUUACAAGGCCAAGUUAUAAUACUACAUAACCCAAAA